AUGUGGAUGAGUGCGCCACAAACAACGGAGGAUGCGCAGGAAACUGCACGGACACUGUGGGAAGUUUUACCUGCUCUUGUGGAGCCGGCUAUGUGCUGAAUGCCGAUGGGUUGGCCUGUGAUAAUGUCGAUGAGUGCGCCACAAACAACGGAGGAUGCGCAGGAAACUGCACGGACACUGUGGGAAGUUUUAACUGCUCUUGUGGAGCCGGCUAUGUGCUGAAUGCCGAUGGGCUGGCCUGUGAUAGUGUCACUACACAAAUCACCUGCACCACAGAUUCUACGGAGAUCACCGGACAAACAUUUACAGUGGUCUGCCCUGGUGGCUGUCUGACUGCUGGAGGAUCUGUCUGGGGUACUGGCAUUUACACAUCUGACUCCCGUGUCUGUAAGGCUGCUAUCCAUGACGGCAGAAUCCCGACCACUGGCGGAGUAGUCACGGGCUACAAACUCCCGGGGCAACCGUCGUACCAAGCUUCCACCCAGAACGGAGUCACCACUAGAGCGUAUGGCAGUUAUAGUAGUUCUUUUGGCUUCUCACAAGUGAAUGAGUGCGCAACAAACAACGGAGGAUGCGCAGGAAACUGCACGGACACCGUGGGAAGUUUUAUCUGCUCUUGUGGAGCCGGCUAUGUCCUGAAUGCCGAUGGGCUGGCCUGUGAUAAUGUGGAUGAGUGCGCCACAAACAACGGAGGAUGCGCAGGAAACUGCACGGACACCGUGGGAAGUUUUAACUGCUCUUGUGGAGCCGGCUAUGUGCUGAAUGCCGAUGGGCUGGCCUGUGAUAGUGUCACUACACAAAUCACCUGCACCACAGAUUCUACGGAGAUCACCGGACAAACAUUUACAGUGGUCUGCCCUGGUGGCUGUCUGACUGGAGGAUCUGUCUGGGGUACUGGCAUUUACACAUCUGACUCCCGUGUCUGUAAGGCUGCCAUCCAUGACGGCAGAAUCCCGACCACUGGCGGAGUAGUUACGGGCUACAAACUCCCGGGGCAACCGUCGUACCAAGCUUCCACCCAGAACGGAGUCACCACUAGAGCGUAUGGCAGUUAUAGCAGUUUUUUUGGCUUCUCACAAGUGAAUGAGUGCGCAACAAACAACGGAGGAUGCGCAGGUAACUGCACGGACACAGUGGGAAGUUUUAUCUGCUCUUGUGGAGCCGGCUAUGUGCUGAAUGCGGAUGGGCUGGCCUGUGAUCAUGUGGAUGAGUGCGCCACAAACAACGGAGGAUGCGCAGGAAACUGCACGGACACUGUGGGAAGUUUUAACUGCUCUUGUGGAGCCGGCUAUGUGCUGAAUGCCGAUGGGCUGGCCUGUGAUAAUGUGGAUGAGUGCGCAACAAACAACGGAGGAUGCGCAGGAAACUGCACGGACACCGUGGGAAGUUUUAACUGCUCUUGUGGAGCCGGCUAUGUGCUGAAUGCUGAUGGGCUGGCCUGUGAUAAUGUGGAUGAGUGCGCCACAAACAACGGAGGAUGCGCAGGAAACUGCACGGACACUGUGGGAAGUUUUACCUGCUUUUGUGGAGCCGGCUAUGUGCUGAAUGCCGAUGGGCUGGCCUGUGAUAGUCCCGUAGGGGCAGGGUCUACCACCAUCAAGCCUGUGGGCGCAGGGUCUACCAUGAAGCCAACCGCGGUCAUCCUGAUGACCCUGGUGAUGACCAUGUGGGGACUACUGAGGGAGUGAGUGACCAGUACACGGGACACGUCACAAUUGGUACACAACCAGCCUUCGCAGCAAACGUCAUCAUUGCACCUCUUACUAACACGUCGGGAGAAUGUACUGGGUCUAUCCAAAAUCCGCAGUGCAUAUUGUUAAUAACGUCUUUUUCAGGGUAAUGUACUUAAUGAUGAAAUAUGUAGUUUUCAAAUGUUGUGUCGAUAAAGAUUCUGAUGCAACAUUUGAAAACUUGAACAGGAGACUGUGAAAAAUCUAAUUAGUUUCGCGCAGGUGCAGUGAGUACUACCACCUGCCCCUCUUAAUUAUUGAGUGAUGCAAGCAUGCUAUUGAGUAAAACAGUAGAGACCUCAAGCAAAUUUACAUCCUGAUGAUAUCAGACAUUAACGGACUUCGCAUGUUUCAAGCAGAUUUAUAUUCACUGACAGAUGAAAUUUAUCCUAGCGUGCUGUAGAAUAUUCUCGCUUAUAUCUAGUUAUAAGUGUGUGUUAUGUUUUUACAUGCUUAAACGUGGACCAAUAAUAAAAGGCCUUCAAAAUGUUGUUAACAGUUGUUGACUAUCUGUCUAUCACUACACGAAACCCUAUCUUUAAGCACAUCUUAAACAAACGUCCACAAAUGUACGCGUAAACGAAGAAGCGGACCAUUUACGCAUGAUUUAAGAAGCAUGCGUGAAGAAUGGGUUUUGUGUAGUGUAUCUUGAAUCUUAAUAUCACCAGAUCAGCAAAGUGAGUUGAACAUUUCGUUUUGGAAUGUCGGGCAUACAGAGUAGUCAGUGAAUUAUUUUCAAGCAGAUGUAAGAUAU